UCCAGCGCGUCGCAUCGCUGAGCGCGCGGUGUGUUCAGCACGGACAAGCCCGCACCGCACGACCCAGCGCACAGCUCACCUGGCCCCCGCCGAGAUAUUUAUAACCCUCCCCUCCUCCUCCUCCUCCUCCUCCUCAACCUCCUCCACCUCCUCCUCUUCCUCUAUUCCGAAGAAGCGCGGUCCGACGGAGAGCCCCCGACGCCACCAUGCCAGGUAGAGACUGAAGGCAGGUUCGGGUCGUGAGGAGGAGGGGUGUAUCACUGCGGGUGCGCUCGAGGGUGGCCUCUCCACUCUCCAUCGCGGUGAACACCUUUCGGGCUCGGACGCACGCAAGAUGAUGGACGGCUGGCUGCCGCUGCUGGCUCUGCUCGCCAUUGCGGGAGGAGGCCUCGGGGCAGACACAGAGGAGCGCUUGGUGGAGCAUCUCCUCAACCCAGCCCACUACAACAAACUGAUCCGUCCUGCGACUAAUGGCUCCGAGCUGGUUACCGUGCAGCUGAUGGUGUCGCUGGCCCAGCUCAUCAGCGUGCAUGAAAGAGAACAGGUGAUGACCACCAAUGUCUGGCUAACGCAGGAGUGGCAGGACUAUCGUCUGACUUGGGUCCCUGAGGAGUUUGAUGGAAUGAUGAAGGUCAGGCUGCCCUCAAAACACAUCUGGCUGCCUGACGUGGUGCUCUACAACAACGCUGAUGGGGUGUACGAGGUGUCGUUCUACUCCAACGCCGUGGUCUCCUACGACGGCAGCAUCUUCUGGUUGCCCCCAGCCAUCUAUAAGUCAGCCUGUAAGAUCGAGGUCAAGCACUUCCCCUUCGACCAGCAGAACUGCACGCUGCGCUUCCGCUCCUGGACGUAUGACCGCACCGAGAUCGAUCUGGUGCUCCGCGCCGAUGUGGCGAGCAUGGAUGACUUCACACCCAGCGGGGAGUGGGACAUCAUUGCCCUGCCGGGCAGACGGAAUGAGAACCCGGCCGACCCCACCUACGUCGACAUCACGUACGACUUCAUCAUUCGCAGGAAGCCUCUUUUUUACACCAUCAACCUCAUCAUCCCGUGCGUGCUCAUCACCUCGCUGGCGAUCCUGGUCUUCUACCUGCCGUCCGACUGCGGGGAGAAGAUGACGCUCUGCAUCUCCGUGCUGCUGGCGCUCACUGUGUUCCUGCUGCUGAUCUCCAAGAUCGUCCCGCCCACUUCACUGGACGUCCCCCUCGUUGGGAAGUACCUGAUGUUCACCAUGGUCCUCGUGACUUUCUCCAUCGUCACCAGCGUGUGCGUGCUCAACGUGCACCACCGCUCUCCCACCACACACACCAUGCCCCCUUGGGUCAAACUGGUUUUCCUCAACAAGCUUCCUGCUUUGCUCUUCAUGCGCCAGCCCAGGAACAGCUGCGAGCGCCAGCGGCUGCGCCAAAGAAGAAGAGCCCAGGAACAGAAGGAGGGCGGGCGCAGCGGGGAGGCAGGGGCCCUGAUGGUGGGGCUCGGGCUGGGAGGAGCCGGCGGGAACGGAGGGGGGACCUCCACAGGGGUGUUCGGCAAGGAGGACAGUGACCCUUGUACCUGCUACGUGAACCGGGCGUCUGUUAAACAGUUCGGAGGGGAUCUGGGAGGAGCAGGAGGGGGAUCCAUGGAUGGGCUGAACAGGGUGAGGGAGGGCCGGGAGGGGGGCUCCGGAAACCUGCCGCGGGGGAAGCAGGCAGCAGGAGGUCCCGCUCUGACUCAGGCCCUGCUGGCUCAAGCCUGUCCAGGCUUCGAGGAGGCCGUGGAAGGAGUGCGCUUCAUCGCCAACCACAUGAAGAGUGAGGAUGACGAUCAGAGUGUGAGCGAGGACUGGAAGUACGUUGCCAUGGUGAUCGACCGCCUCUUCCUGUGGAUCUUCGUGUUUGUGUGCGUGUUCGGCACGCUGGGCAUGUUCAUGCAGCCACUCUUCCAGAAUUACACCGUCAAGACCAUCAGUCCGCCUGGCUGACGGCUCUGCGGGCCGCGUGCGCGAUGACGGACAGCUCCCCCCCCCUCCCACUGCCCAAUCAGCACAGCAGGACAAUGGCUGGAGGUGGAAGGUGGAGGGUGGGGGGUGGCAGGUCUGGGUUUUAUUGUGUCUGUCGAACUGGAACCAGAACUGGAACUGAACAGCAAUCACGCCCAUUACCUUUCUAAUAACAUUUUUUGCAAAGGAACAUUUUUCUUGUAUGAAGAGAAGAAGAAAAAAAAAAGAAAAAAAAGGAAAAAAACACCACCAUCAUACUCUUACCUGCAGUGUUUUUUCGUCCAGAUGUUUCAUGGACUGACCUCCCCUUUCUGCUGGAGAGGUUUCUCUCCCCGCUCUCCUCUUCAGCCAGCCAGGGAGCGAGGAUCGCUCUGAUUUACUCCUUGUUGAACUCUGCAGCCAAUCAACACCCUCCGCUUGGUCGCUGACUGCUUAAUCGACACAUGACAUGUCCCGCCUCCAACUAUGACAUUACUCAUUCAUGAUAUCGACCGAUGUCAGUGGGAGUGAAUCAGGAAAAGGGAAGGGAGGUUCAUAUCGGGUUUCUUCUGCAUUUACUUUUUUGUUUUCUUUUUUCCUCAGAGAUCCACUCUCGUCAGUGAACUGAUUCCGUAAAUUUUACCAUAGCAUAGCAGCUUACCACAGUAUAGCAUUAGGAAUAUAUUAUUAAGAUUUCUCUAUGUGUUAGCUCAUGCAAAACGGCGGUGGGGGUCUUGUUGCUGGUAGAGAGGCUACAGGUGUGUUGUAUGAUUGUAUAGAUUAAACUAAGAAUGUGAUUAUAAACUGUACUACACGGCCUGUGACGCGCACACUUAAACACGACACGAGGAGCAAGCGACGGAUUGUGGGUGGGUUGGGGAGGAAUGCGGCUGAUAUAUAAAGAGAAGGAGCCAGGUUGCAAUAUUAGAUGGAAGACGGCGGGGAUAAUAGAUUAUGCAUGGAGAGUUUUUUGCUUAGAGAGUCGUGCACAUUAAGUAGAGAGCAGCAGCAGCAGCAGCAGCGGUGCCGGGUGGAGCCUGCUGUGCCCAGAGAGUGCGCAGCUGCAGAGAGGAUGAGUCCAGCUCCUGAGGAAUCUGAGCCAGGAUAGAGGGAUGGGUGGAUGGGUGGAUGGAGGGAUGGGUGGAUGGGUGGUGGUGGUGGUGGUGUGAGUGUUCAGAGCUCAGCCGAGAUCAGCGUGUAAAUCAAAUCAUAGUGACGGAGCGACGAGGAGGAAAAAAAAAAAGCUAUUAUGUGUAUUAAUAUGUAAUUUUCAUAUUUCAGUAUGUAACGUUCAGAGCAUAUGUAUACAUGUAAAGCGCGUGUGUAUGUAUGUGUGUACGUAUGUAUGUAUGUAUGUAUGUGUAUGCGUGCCCCCUGCCCCUCCCCCUCCAUACCCCCAAUGCAUUAUCACAUCUGUUGGAUACAAACAAUGUUCAGAAGAGCAUCAUGUAUGUGCCCCCCCUCCUCCUCCUCCCCCAUCCUGCCUUCUUUCUAUUAAUCUCUGACACCCCCACCUCCUUUAUCUGGUCUGCCAUUGGAUGAACACAUCGCUGACAUUUAGUCCAAUUAGGAAUAUUGAUUACCUUCCAUUCUGUAUACACCUGUUCAUUAUUACACUGGUGGGGUUUUUUUCCCCUUCGCAUUAUUCCCCCGACAACCGAGCGUAGAAGCGAAAAGGUCCCUUUUUUUUCCGAGCGUGCGAGGAACAGGGAGAGGCGGAGGAAUUAAAUUUUCAGUAAACAAGAGAGAGAUGACAAGAAGGAAGGCUGGGCCAGCAGCGCUGCCAGCAGUGGAGAGAAUCAGGCAGUGAGCUACAGAGAGAGAAACGACACGUGUUCCUUAUGUUUCAUGAUGAUGGUGCCGCCGAGACAGAAGAAUAAGUAAAUAAAUAGAUAAAAAAGGACGAUCUGACCACAGCAAGCACAAUCCGAGAGAGCGAGGACGGAAUGAAGCAGCAUGGGUGGAGACAAAAAGGCUGUUAGUGUUGUUACUGCGGAGGAAAGCCACGAUACAACUCUGUCUGAUCCCCUGUCACUGUCACUCCAUGUGAGCCUCCCCUGGCUUUUUACGCUCAUGUGGCCAAAUCUGCAGCUCAGUCCUGAACCGGGAGCUGCUGCCUCUCUCUCUCUCUCUGUCUCUCUGUCUGUCUCUCUCUCCCUCUCUCUGUCUGUCUUUGUGUGUCUCUGUCAUCCUCUCCUUCUGUCUCUCUCUGGCUCUCUGUGUCUCUGUGUCUCCGUCUCUAGAGGAUGGGAUUACCCUGGGGGGAUCCCCGACAGAUUCCGACCAAGUGUGAAAAGCCUACCAGAGACCUAUGAAAAACUGUAGGCCUGCACAGACAAAAGUGCUGCUGUCCACUCCCACUCUCUCCCUCUCUCUCUCUGUCUCUCCUCGACCUUUCCACUCUCUCCUUCCUUUCUUCUCACUUCCUCUCUCAUUACAUCCUCCCCCCCUCCCUCCCCUCCUCUCUUUCACCUCCUCUCUUUCACCUCCUCCCUCCUGACUCUCCAAUCUGCUCCUGUGCACACCUUAAAAACCAGUCCCAAUAAAGGUUGUAGGUUCAGAUUAAUCA